AUGUGGAUCUGUAUUGGUUUAAUAAUAAUCCUUUACGUCUUCUAUCGUUUAUAUCAACAUUUUUUUCCGACACCAAACAUAAAUCCUAAUGGUAAAUACGUUCUUAUUAGUGGUUGUGAUACUGGAUUCGGUCAUGGAUUAGCGAUUGAACUUGAUAAACAAGGCUUUAAUGUUCUUGCUGGUGUUUUCGUUCCUGACAGCGUAGCUUCUCUUACAGAAAAACUUUCACCAAAAGCUACAGUUUUUCGUCUUGAUAUUACUAAACAAGAAGAUAUUGAUGCUGCAUUUAAAUUAGUCAAUGAGAAAACAAAAGUUCUUCAUGCACUUGUUAACAAUGCUGGAAUUGCUGUUGCUGGUCAUAUUGAUUGGACAUCAAUGGAAGAUAUGCGUAAAGUGAUGGAUGUGAAUUAUUUUGGACAUGUUGCAAUGACAAAGAAGUUUUUACCCUUACUUAUUGCAAAGCUUGAUUCACGUAUUGUUAAUAUUUGUUCCGUAGCUGGUUACCUGACAUUAUCAAGUGGGUCUGCUUAUUGUGCAUCAAAAUAUGCACUUGAAUCAUUUUCGGAUUGUUUACGUCGUGAAAUGGUUCCAUGGGGUUUACGUGUUAGUAUUAUUGAACCAGGAUUUAUGCGAACACCUAUUCUCGAAUCGGGUCCUAAAACAUUUGAAGAUUUGUGGAGUCAACUGUCAAGUGAUGUUAAAGAACGAUGGGGAGAAGAUUUUCUUAAAGCCGGAUUUGAUACCAUAAAACACAAUCCACUCUACAAAUAUGCAGAAAAUCCCAUGAAAGUGGUGCGAAAUCUUCAACAUGCUGUUAUGAAUACAGUUCCUUGUAUUCGUUAUCGACCUGGUUGGCAAUCAAGUCUUGUUUUCUUUCCAAUUUCUCAUUUACCUACUUGGAUUGUCGAUUGGAUUUUCAGUAAAUUAGAUAAAUCACCUCAUGCUCCUGCAGGUGUUUCUCAACAGCUUAAAGACUAA